AUGAAAAACAGAGGAGCUUUAGUUGGAGAAAGGGCGAAGGCAUUAUCAAGUAAGCCUGUUAUAAGUGGUCGUUCUCUUGCUACCGGAAGCUUGAUAGCGAUAAUAUACAGUUCUACCCCUAAUUGGAUUGCGCCUUUGAGCGCUGUUGGUGAUUUUGAAGCUUGCUUCAUGGCAAUAGGCGUCCAUAAGCAUAGUAAAUGUGGUGUUAUUGCUGGUGACACACUGAUACAACUGUAUCACAAUUUCAUCACUGAUUUUGAGAAAAAGAUCAAUCUUCUGAAGCUUGCUCAUUUUGCAGUAAUUGUUUCUCGGCAAUACUCAGAGAAAGAAGCUGCAAUAGGUUACCUGGAAGGAGUAGUUGAGAAACUUCUAAAUACUAAAGAGAUGAGCAUAGAAGAGCCGAUACUGUAUAUUAAGUUGCAGAUAGCCCUAUUUAAGCUUGAGCAGGGGGAUCAAAAAGAGUGCAACAAGCUUUUAGAACUGGGGAAGAUUACACUUGACUGCAUGACUGAUAUUGACCCCUCUGUUUAUGCCAGCUUAUAUUGGGUUUCAUCUCAGUAUCAUAAAGCUCGGCAAGAGUUUGUAGAGUUCUAUAAAAAUGCUCUCCUGUGUCUUGCAUACACUUCAGUGGACUCUCUUUCGGAGUCAUUCAAGCUGGAUUUGGCAUUUGAUUUGUCUUUGUCAGCACUACUGGGAGACAACGUAUACAACUUCAGAGAACUGCUUGCUCCCCCAAUUAAUGAGAAAAUGCUUCUGGAGAAGAUCAACAUUCUCUGCUUGAUGGAGAUCAUCUUCAGUCGCCCGGCAGAGGAUAGAACUAUUCCAUUGAGUGCCCUUGCAGAGCGCACUAAGCUUAGCGUGGAAAAUGUAGAGUAUCUCCUAAUGAAGAGCCUCUCUGUGCAUCUGAUUGAGGGAAUAAUGGAUCAAGUGGAAGGGACUGUUCAUGUAUGUAACGACCCCACUAGUCGUUUUGAGCAUUUGCACUUCGCUCGGUAGUUUGAGGGUACGAGUAUCUCCGCAUGAUAUAUUAUGACUUGUGUGAAUCGUCAGUUUUGGUUUUCAAGUUAUUCGGAAUCGAUUUGGAAGAAUGAACUUCAAAAUUGAAGCUUUAAGUUGGAAGAGUUGACCAAAUUUGAUAUUUUAGCAUUUGACCUAGCAUUGGAGUUUCGAUGAUUCCGUUAGGUCCGGAUGGUGAUUUUGGACUCGACGUAUGCCCGGACUUGUAUUUGGAUAUUUC